ACGGGCAUUGAAAGCAGUGUACACAGAAUUUGGAAGACUUAGAACAUUUUAAUGAAUUAAUCUGUCAGUUUCUCAAAAAGAUACGACACAUUUAGGGCACACUAAGACAAUGACCCACACAAUCUGGUUUGUGAUGGCUUUGCUGUUUUUUGGUUUUGUUUUGACUAGCAGAUAUUGUUUGAGCAGUAUCCGGAGUGUCUGGGUGCUCUAAAAACACGUGAAAAUAGGUGAAGUAAAUCAGCAAAAAUGAAUAGUGAAUUUCGCUCGGAAACAGAUUAUGGUGCUCAUCACGAGGGCAAUUUUUUUUUCAUGAUACAAAAGAAAUAGAUUAUGGAUGAGUUUGUUUUGGCCUUGGAUAUCUUUAAGUGGAGCACUUGGAUUUAGACUUUCGAUGUCAGAUGGCCCAGUCACAGAGAAUGAACCAGCAGUGGAAGAAAAAUGCUGCCAGCUAGCUGACUGCUAUUAAACAAGAUGCUUUGUCUUUGUGGGGAGCACCUGUUAGAUCUGCAACACAAAUAAGCAAUAAGGGGCCGUCUGCCCCGGGCCAGCUGGUCUUAGGAUCCUGCUAAGCCUCCCGAGGAGCACGUGCCCACCGUCUUCGACCACUACGCCGUCAGCGUCACUGUGGGGGGCAAGCAGUACCUCCUGGGACUCUGACAUGGGGGACAGGAAGACUGUGGUCAUCCGAGGCCUUUGUCCUAGCCAGUGAUCGAUGUCUCCCUCGUAUGCGUCUCCAUGGAUGGCUGGCUGUGGUGAAAUCGAUCACUCAAUAAACAUGCUUCCUACGAAUAGGAAAGCAAACGAGUCCUGUUCUAAUGCUGCACCUUCUCUGACUGUUCCUGAAUGUGCCAUUUGUCUGCAAACAUGUGUUCACCCAGUCAGUCUGCCCUGUAAGCAUGUUUUCUGCUAUCUGUGUGUAAAGGGAGCUUCAUGGCUUGGAAAACGAUGUGCCCUUUGUCGUCAAGAAAUUCCUGAGGAUUUCCUUGACAAGCCAACCUUGUUGUCGCCAGAAGAACUCAAGGCAGCAAGCAGAGGGAAUGGCGAAUACGCAUGGUAUUACGAAGGAAGAAAUGGGUGGUGGCAGUAUGAUGAGCGCACUAGUAGAGAGCUGGAAGAUGCUUUUUCCAAAGGUAAAAAGAACACUGAAAUGUUAAUUGCUGGGUUUCUGUAUGUUGCUGAUCUUGAAAAUAUGGUUCAAUAUAGGAGAAACGAACAUGGACGUCGCAGGAAGAUUAAGCGAGAUAUAAUAGAUAUACCAAAGAAGGGAGUAGCUGGACUUAGGCUGGACUGUGAUGCAAAUUCUGUAAACCUAGCAAGAGAGAGCUCUGCCGACGGCGCGGACAGCAUGUCAGCACAGAGCGGAGCAUCUGUCCAGCCUCCAGUGUCCUCUGCUGUGAGGCCCCUGACGUCAGUGGAUGGGCAGUUGACCAGCCCUGCCACACCAUCCCCUGAUGCAGGCACUUCUCUGGAAGACUCUUUCACUCAUUUGCAACUGAGUGGAGACAGCAUAAAUGAGAGGAGUCAUAGGGGAGAAGGAGAAGAAGACCAUGAAUCUCCAUCUUCAGGCAGGGCGCCAGACACCUCCAUUGAAGAAACCGAGUCAGAUGCCAGUAGUGAUAGUGAGGAUGUAUCUGCAGUUACUGCACAGCAUUCCUUGACCCAACAGAGACUACUGGUGCCCAAUGCAAACCAGACAGUAGCUGAUCGAUCAGGAACUGACCGGUCAGUAGCAGGGGGUGGAACAGUGAGCGUCAGAUCCAGAAGACCUGAUGGACAGUGCACAGUAACAGAAGUUUAAAUAGAUUCUUCAGCUCCGUGCCCAUGGUUGGAUGGUUAUCUGUAAAUUUCUGCCCACAUAACAUUAUACUUAUGCCUAGUAGUGCAUUUUGGGAGAUGGGUGGGAAUGGGUCUGGGAAGGAUAAAGCUGAAAAAUUAAAUGUCUAACAUGUCUCUAUUGAGAAAUAAUUAUUUAAUGUAAGGAACUUGGCUAAUAGUUGAGACCUGUUUAGUAAUAACCCAGGUUUCUUGACAUCUGCUUUCUUUAUAGUUUUUAAAAAAAAAUUUCUUUAGUUUUUUUGGCCAGUGUGUGUAUAUUAUCUGUGCAUUAAUGGUCCUCACCUGACUGGCAUUGUUAUUUUUCUGCAUGGAUUGGCAUAAAAGUAUUAUUAAAAUUUGGCACCUGUGAUGUUGGUAUCAUUAUGAGCAGGAAGCUUAACGUAAUGUGGAGAUAGAUGUGAAUUUGGUUUAAAAAUAGAAGAGUAACACCAAUUUUAUAGUAAAGUUAUUGAAAUGGAAAUGUAAAGAAAACAGCUAAUAACUUUUGAUUUGAGAAUCUUUGUAACACACUUCAUGGCAUUCCUUCCCAUAAGCUUUGCUGUCUAGCCCUUGUAGUCUGAGGUUUCUCGUCUGCAUUUUUCUUUUGGAUUAAAAAAUUUAUAAUUUAAUAAAUAAUAGUUUGUCAAAAAUAAA